AAUCCAUGAGAGAGCUUUCAAUUUCGGUGACGUCGUCACAUCGCGACUUCCGGAUUCUCGUUGACUGCCGUUAGAAGAGAAACUGCGCGCUGAUUUUGAGCCUCAACUACCAAUUUUCACAUUGAGAUCUAGCAGUCUGUAUAACCAAAAUGGAUACGCAGUUUCUGCAAAUACCACCGAAGCGGACAUGAGUUUCUCUCCAACUACAGUGUAACGUUAGUUUCACAGAAUGGACCUGCCGUGUGUCGAGUGGCAAAAGCAUGUUGAACAGAAGUGGAGCCGACUCACUCUUGAUGAGAAGAAAUGCUUCUCGUCCCUGUUGGACAUAGAUGAGGUCUUUGAUUUUGGCCUGUCUCAAGUAAUCCAAGAGGACGUGGACUUUCUGUCGGGCAUUUCCAAGGACGAUCCUGUCCAGAAGGACCUGGAGAGAGCUGCCAGAUGCCGGAAGGAGGGCAACUCCAGCUUUAAAACCAGGGACUACACUGCUGCUGUCCUGCACUACUCACAGGGUGUGUGUUAUGCGUCUCUGAGCUCGGAGCAGCUCUCUCUGUGCUAUGCCAACCGUUCUGCAGCGCUAUUCCACCUCCAGCGCUACAGGGAGUGCCUCGAGGACAUCGACCGAGCCCUGAACCAUGGCUACCCAAGUCACCUGAAGCACAAACUACAGGACAGACAGGCACAGUGCCUCAACCACUUCCCCAACGGGACAGAGGAGAUAACCACCGCCACCAAGCAGGGGGCAGGGCACCAGGCAGAGGGGGUGUGUAGCAGGACCAACCCAAAGUCCCCAAACUCCCAGCAGCAGAAUGGGAGUGCUCUCUCCCCUCGUUUGUCCGUGUGCUUCAGCCCUGAAAAAGGGCGACACCUGGUGGCCACCAAGGGAAUCGCGGCCGGAGAGGAGAUAUUGGAGGACAGGGCUUACAGCUGUGUGCUAAUAGCAGGGAUGGGGGGAGGGAGAAGAGAGGAGACGGAGGAAGCAGGAGGAGUGUUUGGGACCGAGGUGAGGUACUGUCAUCAGUGUUUGGGGGAGACGGUGAGCCCUGUGCCAUGUGAGGGGUGCAGCUACGCCCGCUACUGCUCAGAGGGGUGUCGGAGGGGCGCGUGGGAGUGGCAUCAUCGCUGGGAGUGUCCAAUCGGAGCCGAGCUGAGUACUGCGGGAGUGAUGUCACAGCUGGCGCUGAGGGUGGCGUUAAAAGCGGGGGUGAAGGAGGUACUGAGGGCACGGGAACCAAUCAGAGACGUGGAUAACGAUUCUAAACUAAUCAGAGAGAAGAUUAGCUCCAAGAAUUCCAGUUCUAAGCCAAUCACAGAAAAGAUCCGCCCAAAGAUGAAGAAUUCUGGCUCCAGUGACGCCACAUCAACUGAGCCGGAGGUCAACGACCCCUCUGCUUAUUACCAUGGUGAUUCCUACCUGAACGUCUACCACCUGCUGCCUCACCUGAAUGGCCACGCCCCCAGCCUGCGCUUCUUGUACUCUGUCACCAUAGCAACGCUCUACCUGCGGCUGCGCCAGGCGGGACCUCCACCUGUGUCCUGGGAGAGGGGAGGAGCCUCAGAAAGCAUGACGUGCAGUAACCAAUCUCGGGCCCCCGAGGAGGGAGAGGGCUGGGCUCCGGAGCUAAGCCUGUUGGGAAGUGUAGCUCUGAGGCACAUGCUGCAGCUGAGAUGUAAUGCCCAGGCAGUGAGCCUGCUCAGAGACACAGGUGAUUUUACUGCGGUGCAGUCCACCCAGGAAGUGCGCAUUGCCACGGCAAUAUUCCCCACACUGAGUAUCCUAAACCACUCCUGCUGCCCCAACACAAGCCUCAACUUCAGGACCUCUCACCUGGUCUCACCUCAACCAGACCGAGGCUCUACUGAUGAACUGGUUUCCACUGAGCCUGUUUCUACUGGUCCUGAGGACUGUUUUGCUCCUGUCUCCGUCUCAGCUGGAGUAGCUGUCUCUGUCAGAGCAUCCAGAGACAUCUGUCCUGGACAGGAAGUCCUCCACUGUUACGGUCCUCACAGCAGCAGGAUGGUGUUGUGUGAGCGUCGGCGACUCCUACAGGAGCAGUACCACUUCCUGUGUAUCUGUCAGGCCUGCAGUCUGGAGCAGGGGGAGGGGCCAGAGGGCGGAGGGGCAGGACCAGACACACACCUGCAGUGUGGGAAGUGCGAGGCACCUGUAAAGCAGUGCAGUGUGGACGGUGCAGGGUGGGUCGUGUGUGUGCGGUCGUCUUGCGGUCAUCGUGUGUCACGCUCUGAAAUGGACCUCAGACUGCAGGAGGUCAGGGUUCAGCUGGAGCAGGCAGUGGACCUCCUGGAGACAGACAGACCAGCCCAGUCUGUCAUGUUGUUACAGAGAGCAGUGUCUCAGGCUGGUGUCUUCCUGAAAGAGACUCAUUCUCUACAGGGACAACUGGCUGAUACCAUGGCCAGAGCAUAUUCCACUAUGGGUGAGUGGCGAGGGGCAGUGGGCCAGUUGGAGCGUAGUGUUUUAGCCAUCAGUUCCCAGUAUGGACAGGACAGUAUUGAACUGGGACGUCAGCUCUUUAAACUGGCACAGCUACACUUCAAUGGAGGUUUCCCAGGUCCAGCUCUCUCUGUGAUCUCCAGGGCCAGAAGACUCCUGUCCCUCCACUGUGGACCCCACUGUCCUGAGGUACAGGAACUACAGUCCAUGGAGGACUGUCUACAGGGGGUGUUGUAGGAUUGUCUACAGGGGCUGUUGGAGGACUGGGGGUGUUGGAGGACAGGGGGUGUUGGAGGACAGGGGGUGUUGGAGGACAGGGGGUGUUGGAGGACAGGGGGUGUUGGAGGA